GGAGGAGGCACUGGCAGCGGCGGCGGCGUCAGUGCUCGGAGAAGCAGCAGCAGCAGCCGAAACAAGUACCAGCCACACAGCGGCUCGUCUGGCCCGAGCAGCCACAGUCCCCUAGCCGCGAUGGCGCUGCAAAGCCCAGCUAGCGAGGAAGCCAAGGGGCCGUGGAAGGAGGCAGAUCAGGAACAGCAAGAGCCAGUAGGGAGUCCGGAGCCUGAGCCUGAGCCUGAGCUGGAGCCGGAGCCAGAGCCGGAGCCGGAGCCGGAGCCCGAGCCCGAGCCCAUGCCAGUGCCCCAGCCCGAGCCCCAGCCUGAGCCCCAGCCGCAGCCUCAACCCCUGCCGGACCCCGCACCUCUGCCGGAGCUGGGGUUUGAGCCCGAGCCGGCGCAAGAACCCGAGCCCACGCCCACCGUGGAGACUCGCGGCACCGCGCGUGGCUUCCAACCUCCCGAAGGUGGCUUCGGCUGGAUGGUGGUGUUCGCGGCUACCUGGUGCAACGGCUCCAUCUUCGGCAUCCAUAAUUCAGUCGGAAUCCUCUACUCUAUGCUGUUAGAAGAGGAAAAAGAAAAAAAUCGCCAAGUGGAGUUCCAAGCAGCCUGGGUAGGGGCCCUGGCGAUGGGUAUGAUCUUCUUCUGUUCUCCUAUUGUGAGUAUAUUCACUGACCGUUUGGGCUGUCGCAUCACAGCAACUGCCGGGGCUGCUGUUGCUUUCAUCGGCCUCCACACCAGCUCCUUCACCAGCUCCCUAAGCCUGCGCUACUUCACCUAUGGGAUUCUCUUUGGUUGUGGCUGUUCCUUCGCCUUUCAACCAUCCCUCGUCAUCCUCGGACACUACUUCCAACGCCGCCUGGGUCUGGCCAAUGGUGUGGUGUCUGCUGGCAGUAGCGUCUUCUCCAUGUCCUUCCCCUUCCUCAUCAAAAUGCUGGGGGAUAAGAUCAAGCUGGCCCAAACCUUCCAGGUGCUGAGUACCUUCAUGUUUGUUCUUAUGCUGCUUUCACUCACCUACCGGCCCCUCCUGCCCAGCUCUCAAGACACCCCAAGCAAGAGAGGUGUCCGUACUCUGCAACAACGCUUUCUGGCUCAGCUCAGGAAGUACUUCAACAUGCGAGUGUUCCGCCAACGCACCUACCGCAUCUGGGCCUUCGGCAUUGCUGCUGCCGCCCUGGGUUACUUCGUUCCCUAUGUACACCUGAUGAAGUAUGUAGAAGAAGAGUUCUUGGAAAUCAAGGAGACCUGGGUGCUGUUGGUGUGUAUAGGGGCUACCUCAGGCCUUGGGCGUCUUGUGUCUGGCCAUGUUAGUGACUCCAUUCCUGGACUAAAGAAGAUCUACUUGCAGGUUCUCUCAUUCCUGCUCUUGGGCCUGAUGUCCAUGAUGAUUCCCCUAUGCCGGGACUUUGGAGGCCUCAUCAUUGUCUGUCUCUUCCUGGGCCUGUGUGAUGGCUUCUUCAUCACCAUCAUGGCCCCCAUUGCUUUUGAGCUGGUGGGUCCGAUGCAGGCCUCACAGGCCAUUGGCUACCUACUGGGCAUGAUGGCCCUGCCAAUGAUUGCUGGGCCUCCCAUUGCAGGCCUCCUUCGCAACUGCUUUGGUGACUACCAUGUGGCCUUCUACUUUGCCGGUGUGCCCCCCAUCAUUGGAGCUGUAAUCCUCUUUUUCGUCCCUCUGAUGCAUCAAAGGAUGUUCAAGAAAGAGCAGAGGGAUUCCAGCAAGGAUAAGAUGUUGGCCCAUGAGCCAGAUCCCAAUGGAGAGCUGCUGCCAGGCUCCCCUACCCCUGAGGAACCAAUUUAAUGUCUCUUUCCUGCCAUUGUGUGCUCUUCUUCGGCCCUUUCCCUUCAUCCCACCCUGCUCAGCAUUUACAUUUUUGCCACCAGCACACUUGUUCCCAAACCUGUGCACACAGCAUUUCAACCACCUGACCAUCCCCUUGGAGCCAAAGCUCUAGGUGUUUCAAACUCAUUAACCAAAUUCUCCCUGUGAAUGCCUUUAAACUUGCCAGGGCCCUUAUCCUUCCCCCCAUCUCCCCUCCCCACCCUGCCCCCACCUCCUGAGAAAGAUUGGGAUCACUCUCUGGCUUUGGGAUUCUCUCCAUAUACUUUCUAAUCCCCAGGGGGCGGAGGUAGAAUGAACCUCUGGCCCAAGCUUAUUAGUCACCCACUAAAGUCAACUGCCAAAGGUGCUACUAUAUCCCCAGGAGCCUAUUGGGGAGAACCAUGCCUCUGUAUGCUGAGGAAUUCAUUGCCAUUCAUCCUGGGGAGCCACUUGGGGAUGGGGAAAGAGGAAUCAAGAAGUCUUGUUUAGCCUCCCAUUCUUGAGGCCAGUGGCUUCCCAAGAGCAUCCCCACGAUAUGGUUGGUUAACAAUCUGCUUCUCUCUUCCUUGCCUUUUAUUUUUCCUCUACUGCUUCCUUUUCAUCCUCUUUCCCCUCUAUUUCUUUUUUUAUGACUGUCAUAGAUACAUAGGUGCUUGGAGAAAGGAAGAACCCAGAGCUUAGGCCAAUUAACCUCAUCUUGGCCCAAUCUACCCCAAUCUACCACUUAUCUCAGGCUGAGUCACAUCUCACUUUUUGGCUCAAACUGAUACAACCAUAGACUGGAAAAUUAGACUAUCACACAGGGAAGUGACCUCAACUCUCACAGAGUUCCAUUUUUCAUUCGCAGGUUUUUAUGGAUUUCCCAAGCCAAUGCAUAAAUCAGGAGGCCUCAGCUCCCCAUCCUUGUACCCAUUAUGUCAAAAUGUGAAGAGACUUCCUUUCAUCUCAGCAGGCAUAGGAAGACUAAUGAUAGUGUGCUGACAUGGUGGGGGAGGGGCAGUGGUUGUUGACAUGGGUAAGGACUAUCUCUCAAUUUCCAUGACAGCUCAAUUUUUUCCACCUAGGCCAGGACAGGAAAUGAACUGUUUUAGGGGGAAAAAACUCAUUCUCCACCUGAAUCCCCAAAUGGUAUAGACAGCUGCUGCACACACACACACACACACACACACACACACACACACACACACACACACACACACACAGGGUUGGACAGCUUCUUUUAGGAAGGAGAAGCCACCCUAGCCUUUACCACCCAGUGUGUCCCCCAUGAUAGACAUCCUGGGCCACUCAUGGGCAUUAAAGGUGCCAAGAGAGGCAUACUCUGGCCCAUUUUCAUCCUUGUGAAGUCGGUGCCAGAUGCUUCCCUAUACCCAGGCUCUGGGCAACAGUCUUACUGAAGAGCAUUCCAAGUGCCCCUGGCUGGAGGCACAGGGCACUACCAGGCUGUGUCCAGCUAGCACAGCUCACCUCAUUAGGAGCUCAGCCUCUGUCCUCACUCUGUGUCUUUUUCUCCCUUCUCUGAGCCUUUGUCUAUUGUGUUCCUGUCACCCAACCCUCCAUUAUCUUUUUGCCAGGCAUCCUUGGCUGUUAUUUGGAGCCAAUGGUAGCUUGCCACCCCAAGCCAGGGUCAUCCCAAGGCCAGGAGGAUGAGGUUGCCCUGAGGGGCACCAAAGAAGACAAUGGUCCCCACACAUGAGCUUUUCCGUUACAAACAGGCAGCUGGGGGUAUGGUUGGCUUCUGAUGGUUUCAUUCAAAGCCAAAGGCCUGAGCCCCCUUCCGCUGGUCCUAGUCCAGCUCUUAUCAGCUACUCAAAGGAAAACCCACUGGUUCUUGGCUCAGUGGGCAGGAAGGGGCCGAGUUACUAGCCUGUCAGCUCUAACAGCAGUAGAAGGGGAGAAGCUGGGCCCCAGGCUCCCAGUAACUCCCAGGAGAGGCCACUGAAAAUACUGGAGCAACAAUGGCCCUGCUUCCAUUCUUCCCUGACCCGCCCCCCACCAAGUCACUGGAGGGUGGUGCAACAGGGUCUCCUUUGUUGCUCAUGGCUGGAUAUCUCUUAAGAAUCAGGCUGUCACCUACUUCUCUCCAGAUGAAGGAAAGACAUUUACAGGGCCCAAAUACGCCCAUUCAGUGUCAUGAACCAUUGGCAAGGUUUCAAUUUACUUCUACAUGUGUGUGUGUGAAUGUGUGUGUGUGUGUGUGUGUGUGUGUGGGUGGGUGGGUGGGUGUGCAUGUGUGGGUGUGUGUGCUUUUGGAGAGAAUGCUGGUUGGUCUAAGCAGCACAGUAUUAUAUUUAGAGUAGGAUGCAGACUUACGCACCACAGUUAAAUCUAGGAGAAUGAACAAAAUUUCGGAGCUUGAGACCUGGGAUAUUUAAAUCCUCAAGGGGUUUGGAACA